GAUAUACUCAGGUCACCAUUUGAUAUACUCAGGUCACCAUUUGGUAUACUCAGGUCACCAUUUGACCAACACAGUAGAUCGCAAUUCCUUAUUUUCUAUUUUGCAUGUUCUCUUUAACCCACUAGGUUGAUGUACUAAACAAUAAUCAAUCAUUACAUUUAGUCAUGUGUAAUGGAUAUAGGCCUGCCCAAAAUCUUCAUUUGAUAUAUUCAACAGAAGAUGAAUUUGAAACUCACUUAUUCAUUAGCAACUGUAACAAUAUUAUGUUAUACAAUUCGUUACCUCAUUGUGGAUCAUAAUGAGGCCAGAAAGUUAAUCAUAGAUCAAAGCAAGGUCACAAAUUUCAUGCUCCAGUUAUACAUUAUCUAAUUCUAUAUUUGUAUAUUUUCAGGCCAAGGUGUGUAAGGUAUGGGUUAUGAUAUUAAAAGGUUUCUAGUACCUGUAAAUGAAGGAUUAUUUUGUGGUAUAUGUAGGGGUGUUUUAGAGGACCCAGUACAGGCACCGUGUGAGCAUGCCUUCUGUAGAGUAUGUAUUUAUGAAUGGUUAUUAACAGAACAUACAUGUCCAGAGGAUCGACAGGUUUUACUACUUCAUGAUCUUAAACCAUUAUUUCGUUAUAUGAAAAAUGAUUUAAACAAACUAAAAAUAAAGUGUCGUAAUUCGUUAAAAGGAUGCAAUUAUUCGUGCAAUUUAGAAUUUAUUAGUGCUCAUACACGCGAGUGUAAAUUUGAAAUAAUGACUUGUCCAAAUAUGGAAUGUUCCGAUUCUAUUCUAAAAAUGGAUUUACAUGAUCAUUUAAAGGAAUGUCGAGAUAAAAGUAAAAUGUGUGCUAAAGGAUGUGGUAUAGCUGUAUCUAAUAUGGACGAUCGAGAACAUAAUUGUAUACAAGAACUGCGUUCGGCUAUUGAAAUAUUAAGAUCUGAAAUGGUGCUACAAAUAGAAAAUCAAAAGAAAGAAAUGGAGAAUAGACUUGCUAUACAGAGAGAGUAUAUGGUUAAAAGAGAAUCUGCAAUGCAAGCAGAAAUCACAGAUCUGAGAAAUGAGAUAUCGCGAAUCUCACAAAAACUAAAACUGUUACUAGAUCUGGAGGAACGACGGAAAGCAGAUUUUGAUAAAAUGGAAAAUGAGCGAAAGGAAUUGUUUGAAAUGUUGAAAAAUCUGCAGAGACAACAAAGAGCUUUGAACAAUUGCCCGAAUUGCCAACCUACAAAUAAUGGGAAAGUAACAACAAUAUGAACCAGAGUGUCAAAACAUAGUGAUGAUGGUAUUAUUUUGUUGUUGACGAUUUAAGUAAAACAGACACUGCUAUAUUAUGAUUUGUCUCAUAUAAUUAUAUCCCAAAAACUUUAAGCUGUUAAAUAAAUGCAUCAAAUUCAAUCGAUGUACAUAGGCUUCGUACGUAAUAAGUCAAGGUAAAUUUGAUCUUUUGAUCAGGGUUUGCUCAUAGCAAAGUUGGGCGAAGAUCGAGAGUUUGUAACUAGUCCACUUCACACCUUCGGUUGUUGUCAUCGCAGUCUACCAACAGAUGUGUUUUACAAUGUGCAGAAAGUAGUCUACAAUUUUAAUUCUUACAAUGUUUUUGCUUGGUUUAUAUUUAUUAAAUAAACAAUCGGUAAAUAUGACAUAGAUGGCAAAAAUAAUUUAGUCUUAACUGCUAUAAAGCCUAAAUCUUGAAGGUUAAAGCAUUCUAUACUUGUCUUGCAGAAUAUGUGAUUUGAAAUCCGUUUUUAUGAUGUCUAAUAUUUACGGGUAUUACCAGUGUUCUUAUUCAGUGUUCAGGAAUGAUCGUCCUAAAUAGCAUUACUUAAGCAAUAUUGUCUCAUAUUACAUGUAAAUGUAGUGAAACCUUUGAUUGUGUAAACUCUGUAAUAUAUCUCUUAUUAAAACCAUAAACAUGAAUCAAUAUUAUAAUGUUUUUAUUUUUUAUAAUCAUAUCCUUACAACCCCGGAAUAUCCUCUCCUAGCAAAUGAUUAACAUUUUCUUUCAUUACCCCCUACCCCUCACCCCUUCCACUAUUGUGAACCAUUAUGACACAUACCCAUUAAAAAUACUAUCCUG